UCAAGGCGAAGGACUAUCCAAAGAAGCCAACUUCUUUUUCCAAAGAUUGGAGAUGUGUGAUAAUAGUGGAGAAGCUAAAUAGGGGGGCGUAAAUGGUCAACGAUUUCUUAUUCAAAGUAAGCUGAUACCACACAUCGACUGGUUAUAUCAUUGAAGUUAGUCCUCGUAGUUUAUCCGACUUGAUACUUACUUCAUAGCCCGUUUACACAACUGUUUUUUCAUCUCUUCUCCUCAUAUACCCAAAUCUAACAUUAAUAUGGUCAAGAAGUCCUUCAUUCUACUGGGUCAGCCAGCAAAGACGGCCGAGGAACUCGAAAUUGAUCUUCAAAAUACUUUCGAGUACCUACAGUACACUGUCGCCCAAAAUUUCUCGAUUGCGGAUCCAUCAGGUAAACCCAUCAUGUUUUGAAUAAUCUACGGGAACUCUAACACACGAUUAGGAAUUUCGUUUCAAACCGACAAAGAUGGAGUCCUUGAUGAUCUUGACAACUUCGUAGAUGCUUCUUCGCCGAUUGGUAUCCUCAUUGAUGGAAACCAAGUCAGAGAUGUCCCUGGGCCAACGGGUCUUCCCAUCGCUGGAACUUACUAUGAAGUGUACCCUGAUCAUCUCGGGAAUCAUCAACGUCUUUUUGAUCAAUAUGGGCCGGUGUUUAAGACGACAGAUAUGGGUCGUACGGCUUACUAUACUAAUGAUCCCAAGGUAGCCAAUGUUUGCUUUGGAGAAGGAGGUUACUGGUCAAAAGUCAUCACUUCUGAUCAUCCAUUAUAUGGUAUAAGAGAUAAUCUGGCAGGUGUCUUCUUAUCCGAUACCGAUACCGAAUCCUGGAAAGAAACGCACAAGUUCUUAGCACCAGCACUCAGUCCAAAAGCCGUUAGGCAUUACACACCCCAAAUGCAAAACACAGCUGAGCAGGCUUUCAAGGUGUUUGACGAACUGGACGAGCGAAGUGAAGCUUGGAAUGUGUACCAAUACAUGUUCAAAAUGGGUUCCACAGCUAUCGGAAAACUGGCUUUGGGAAUGGAAAUGCAUCAUUUCGACUCGGUCGAUGCACCUCUUCAUGAUCUUGUAAAGCUUGUCGGUCACAACUUGGAACUCAAUAAGAAAGUCUCCACGAUGGGAGAUUGGUAUGCUCACAUGCCAUGGGGAGCACCAAAACAAUUGAAGGAGAACAAAUCACAAGUGAAAGAGCUGAUAGAAGAGGCUAUCAGAAACGUUAAAGUUGGUGGAACUGAAGAUUUGCCCAUUCAAGACGCUGCUUUGAAGGCAUCUUGUAUUGUGGAUUACCUCACUAGAGCAACUGAUGAGAAGGGCAACAAACUGGCGGAGAAAUAUCGCACCAAUGCAUCACUAGUGGUCAUAGGAGCUGGAUUCGUCACAACAGCUUCACUUCUCAGUUGGCUACUAUACAGUAUUGCUUCAUAUCCCGGCAAUCAGGAACGCUUGCUUCAAGAACUUGUUGACCACGAUGUCACUGAGGAUACAGAAUGGACACCAGAUCUUGCAAACUCGCUUGAGUUCCUUGGGACUCUCAUCAAAGAAACUCAACGUCUCCACAAUCCCUCCUACCAGCCAGGUCGUACCGCUCUCGCCGAUGUAAUUGUCCCAGGUGGUUACCGCAUUCCCAAAGGAUCCAUAAUGAUUAUUGGCAUUCAUCAUAUUCACAACAAUCCCAAGAUCUGGGACUCCCCAGCAGAAUUUGAUCCUGAUCGUUGGAAUACGGAAAAGGUGAAAACGAGACACAAGACCGCAUAUGUACCAUUCGCGGCUGGUCCUCGCAUGUGUAUCGGUUUUAAUUUCGCGUUGCAGGAAGUAAAAGUCAUUCUUUCAAUGUUAGUAUAUAGAUAUCAGUUUGAGAGGAUAGGUAACGAGCCUGUGGAAUACGACCCGUCAUUUCAACUGGUUCGUCCAAAUAAUUUCUUUGUAAAAGCCAAGAGAAGGACGAGCUGGCCGGAAAAGUCGAAGAAACCAACGAGUACUUGAAUGCUGUCAUAGAUAGGUCAGGUUGGAAUUAAUGUACUUUAAAAUAGUAGAAUGAGCAGCAAUUGCAAGAUAUCUAAUAAAAUAUCUAACCUCCGCGUUCCAGUUCGAUGUGAACAUCCAUAAAU